GCAGCUCCAGAGGAGCAGAGAACUGGGCAUACACUGACCAAUGGGGAGGAGGAGAAGAGGAGGGAAGGUGAAGAGGGGACCAGAGUGGAUGCUGGGAUGAAUGGCGCCAAGGAGAUCUGCUGCUCACCGGCAGUGACUGACAACCGCAAGGGAGGUAGUGCCUGCCUGUCUAGGUCUGAGUGUUGGGGUCAGGACACUCUCCGUCCUCCAUCAGACCAAUCAGCAAAGGAUUCAUCAGAGCCAUGGCACACAGGAAGGGUGGAGAACGGCACGGGGGACGACAGCAAAGGCCACGAGGAAGACGAGGGGUGUGAUGAUGAACCAGCGCAGGGACACCUGGAUGCUUUCAGCUCCACCUUUGAACUCUCAGUGGAAGAGGCAGAUACAGAGGUAAAGAGGAAAGAGGCGGUGAACCGGGACAGCUUCAGCUCAGCAUUUGAACACCUUGUCGAGCGGGACGUCGGGCAGGUCGGCCAGCCCGUGGCACUCGAGGAGGAGGAGGAAGACGGCGAGGAAGAGUGCGACCGCACGAAGGAGAGCCAGGACGGCUUCAGCUCCACAUUUGAGCGCAUCGUGGAGUCGGAGCUGCUGAGGGGCGGAACCUGCUACAGCAGCCUGGAUUCGCUGGACGUGCUGUCGCUCACGGACGAGACGGACAGCUGCGUGAGCUUUGAGGCUCCGCUCACGCCACUCAUCCAGCAGAGGGCACUGGUGGGCCCGGAGCCGCAAGAGCUCGAGCUGGAGACCGUGCAGGAGGGCACAGAGACCCAGGAAGGGGAGGGGGAACCGGCCAUGGACGCCGGGAGAGAGAAAACCAGUGAUGGAGCUGGCUCUGGGAGCCCCCUCCGGACCUCCAUCCCAGGAAGCAGGUCUGAAAAUGUCCUUAGCCAGCCAACACAGUGGUCCAUUCCCAAUGGCUUCCACAACGACCGGUCAGGCAACAGAGAGACGCCAGGAAUCCUCCCCAGCUCAGUCAGUGAUGCCAGUUUCACAGACGGGGUGUGUGACUCAGACUCUGAGCUGGGUAGCUUGGAAACUCUGGAGAGGGGCAGCACCGAUACCCUGACCAACGGCUGCCGCGCUGACGCGGAUGCCGCCAAGCGCCUGGCGAAGAGGCUGUUCUUCCUCGAGGGCUUCAAGCGUUGUGACGUCGCGCGGCACCUGGGCAAGAACAAUGAAUUCAGCCAGAUGGUGGCGUCGGAGUACCUGAGCUUCUUUGACUUCACGGGGUUGUCCUUAGACAGAGCACUAAGGAACUUCCUGAAGGCAUUUCCUCUGAUGGGAGAAACGCAGGAGAGAGAACGGGUCUUGGUGCACUUCUCCAAACGCUUCUGCCACUGCAACCCUGAGGCCCUCACCUCGGAAGAUGGAGCUCACACAUUGACCUGCGCUCUUAUGCUGCUGAAUACAGACCUGCAUGGCCAUAACAUUGGGAAGAAGAUGUCCUGCCAGCAGUUUAUUAGCAAUCUGGAUGGUCUGAAUGAUGGCAAAGAUUUUCCCAAAGAACUACUCAAGGUGCUGUAUAAUUCAAUCAAGAAUGAAAAAUUAGAAUGGGCCAUUGAGGAAGAAGAAUUGAGGAAGAGUCUGUCAGAGCUGGUGGAAGACCAGUGUGAGGCAGUCGGAAAGAGGGUUGUCAGGGUAACGGAUGGCAGUAACCCUUUCAUUGCCAUCCCACUCUUGCUUAACGCGGCCACGUACAAGCAUGGAAUCCUCACCCGCAAAAGCCACGCUGACAUGGACGGAAAGCGCACCCCAAGAGGGCGACGAGGCUGGAAAAAAUUCUAUGCUGUGCUGAAGGGCAUGAUCCUCUAUCUUCAGAAGGAUGAGUAUAAGCCAGAUAAGGACCUGUCUGAGGUGGAUCUGAAGAACGCGGUGCGUGUGCAUCAUGCCUUGGCCAUCAGGGCCUGCGACUACAGCAAGAGACCCAACGUCCUCAAGCUCAAAACAUCAGACUGGAGGGUCUUCCUUUUCCAGGCCCCGAGUGAGGAGGAGAUGAUGUCAUGGAUCUUCAGGAUAAAUCUGGUAGCAGCUCUCUUCUCUGCUCCGGCCUUCCCUGCUGCCAUUGGCUCCAUGAAGAAGUUCUGCAGACCCCUCCUACCCUCGUCGACAACCAGGCUCAGUCAGGAGGAGCAGCUGAAGUGUCAUGAGAGUAAGCUGAAGCAGAUCUCUUUGGAGGUGGAGGAGCACAAGCGCAACCCACCAGAGCUCACGCCCAAGAGCAAAGAGACCGAGGAGUACCGCCUGAAAGAGCACUAUCUUACCUACGAGAAGAGCCGCUACGAGACGUACAUUAGCCUGCUGCAGGCCAAGCUUGGUGCAGGGACAGACGACCUGGACAAGCUAGAGGCCAGCGUCUUCAGCGGCGAGGGCAGGGACGGCCCCCUGCGCAAGACCCACUCCAGCCCGUCCAUAGGCCAGGCGCAUGGACUCAACGGGCGGGCUGGCCAUAAACAUGCCCCCGACAGCUGCAGCUGAAGGGCAGGCUUGCACACCGUGAACUUUGACCUUGGACCUAAUCGCUAUUGUCUGACAGCUAGACACGAAGGCAUCGGACAUCUGAGGCAGUCUUCUUCCGUGAAAAAAAAAAGAAAGAGAAACAUGAAGUAGCUUAAAAAACAUCAUUAUUUCAAUGUACAGUAAAUUACAAUUAUUGUAAGUAUUAUUAGUGUUAUAACACCAACGUUUUUAUUACUGAAGCGAACAUUCAUUAUGUGCCAAAAAAAGGAAUUGAAAGUGGAGACCAAGGCUGUAUUUGAGGAAUGCUUUCACACCAUGUGACUGCAUUGUCAUGUCAUAAGAGAACUGAUUAUGACAUCAUAUGGUGAUUUUUAAUGAUUGUAAAUGAGAGGCACUAUGAGGUCACAAGGCUAAUUUAUUGUGAUGUCAGGAGAUGCCUUUUUGCAGCUUCAUGUGACACUUUCUCUGAUGUCACACUGAGAUUACUCUGACAUCAGAAUGCAUUAUUGGAGCUUUUGUUUGUGACGUGGCAGCAUGAAGUGAUGACACGAUGAUCCUGAUGAAGCUGUGACCCAUUUGGGAUGACGUCACAGUGUGCAAAUAAUCUAAGGCAUGUGGGCAGAGAUGGCUUCUUGGUGGACUUGUUUGAUUUUUGCUAGAGAUGUAGCAUUUGGCUUAUUUGUGAGGUCAUCAAUAUCUCUGCCUCAGCAGUAGCCAUUUUAAGGGCUCUGUCACACACUGUAGUGUGUGUUCAGAUUCACAUGAGCUGUCUACAGUAUGAUGCAAAACUCCCAUUAUUUAUUAUGUCAUAUUUAUUUAUUGCAAAGUUUCUUUUCUGAGCCAUCACGGUGGACUUUGGCACUUGCAAUGUUGAAAGCAAUCUAUCUAAAAUGAGUUGAAUUUAUAUUUAAUCUCAGUUCUUUUUCAAUGGAGCUACCUGCUGGGGGUCACGGGAGGGACCCAAGGGGAGGAUCUUAAAAAAAAAAAAAAGGUUAACUAUUACCAGAAAAGACAGGGUAUGUGACAGAAAAACAAAGCAUGAGUGAGCGUGUGUGUGUGUGUGCAUGUGUAUUAGCAGGACUGAGAGACAGCGAGGGGCAGAGAACAGUUUGAGAUUUACUUGUAUGUCAACAGUGAAGAGGACAAUUUUAAGUGUGUGAAAGUGACAUGGGAGUCCUUGUCUUCUUACAGCUGACCACAAAAGCCUUCUGAACAAACGUGGACAAAGCGUGAAGCAGCAGGACUGCGAACUCUGACCAAGUUACCUACUCAUGUCUCCAUCUCGCGCUGUAGCACGGAGGACUAAACUAUACAAGCGUCACGUGUUCAGACGGAUGAUUGCGCAUCAGCACAGGGAACAUGGGACCAGCAUUACCUGUCUGUGGGGAGGGGGUGGAGAGUCCACGGCACCGUAAGCGUGUUUGGCUCUCCAGCUGGGCACUGUCAACUCCACGUGUCUCCAUUCGUCUCCGUGGUACGGACUUUGAGUGUUUGAGGAAAGUGCACGUGGAAUUUUUUUUCUAGUGCAGUUUUGACGCAUGAUGACAGUGUGAGUGAGAGAAUGAGCUUUUGGCUCAACCAGGAGCUGCAAUUUUAUACAGUCUUAGUAACUGCUUUCCUAAACUCACUUCCUUAUAUUCGUCGCUUUGGCUGUUGUGCUAACAAUGAUUUUCCCCAAUGUUUAGGGUAGAAUACAAAUGCUGUUGUAAUAAAAGAUUGUGAUGAUUAUUUUAUCA